AAACCUAGUGGCUGCUGCAUUUUUGGCUGGAGUGACGUCAGCGUCAAUGAAGGGCUUGUAUUUCAUUGUUUCACCUCGGCCAACUGAUUGUACAACGGCUUAGACUCCUCUACCACAUGUCAGUACUCCGGCAUAGCUUGGGCUACGUCUCAUUUGCUUCGGAGUGGACACAGAAAAAACGUCACAGGCAAAUCUUGUUGUCUUCUUUUGACGGCUACUACUCACAUUUCUAAACAGUUGUCGGCUCGGAGAAGUAGAUCGGGGAAGUAGAGUUUGUUCACCGGUCACUUGUCCGGCUAGCGGUCGCCAACCCACGCGAGGGACCCCGAGAGAGACCAACCGAGUUUACGGAACUCUUCAACCAGCGGAAAACGGUCUGCAUUUUUUUUCUUAAUGGUCGAUUCUCGUACGAGCUCCUUUUCUUCCGGGUGAGCUUAGACGUUUAAGAAAGAAGGAGAAGAAGAGAAGGACUGCUCCCAAGGAAGACAUACCCUUUCUUUCGUCUCAGGGAAUAUCCUAUAUUCCUUAACGUUCGAAGAUAUCGGUAGCUUGAACGUCUAGUCGGAAGCAUGCCGACGAGCAAGCGGUUGAAAACUCGCGACGGUACCGCCGUAGACAGACCGGCUACUCGGACGACGGCUACGGGAGCAGACGACACAACCGACCGAGAGCCUUCCCCUAGCCAAGCCCGGGAUGUCGGCACCCCCUCCGACAAAGACACAGACCCAACCGUCAAGUCAGAACCACAGACGGAAGAGAGCGGCGAAGAGUCGGAAGAAGAGGAAGAGGCGCGCCUGCGCAAAGAGCAGAAACAACAACAUGACCUUGGAAAGGAGAAAAAGACGGUGGCACAAAUGAUGAAGGACAAGAAGAAACAAACUCACCUAACUCUGCAAUGGUUGGAAGAGAAUUACAUCAUGUGCGAGGGCGUGUGUCUACCGAGGUGUAUUCUGUACGCGCACUAUCUGGACUUCUGCCGUAGGGAAAAACUGGAGCCCGCAUGCGCAGCAACCUUCGGAAAGACGAUCAGACAGAAGUUUCCACACCUCACAACCAGACGACUGGGGACCAGAGGUCAUUCAAAGUACCACUACUACGGCAUCGGAAUCAAGGAAACUAGUGCCUACUACCACUCUCUAUAUUCAGGGAAAGGACUCACAAGGGUGGGUUCACCAGGAAAUAUUCCCUCAGCUCCAAGACAGGGACACUGCUACCUGAGUUCUGCAAGGCUGAAAGUCUCAUUCUGGACUCAGACAUCGGGAAAGACAAGGUGGAGACCCUGAUCAUGAUGUACAAAACUCACUGCCAGUGUAUCCUAGAUACCGCCAUCAACGCUAACUUCGAAGAGAUCCAGAAUUUCUUGUUGCACUUCUGGCAAGGCAUGCCGGAACAUCUUCUUCCCCUGCUGGACAACCCUGUCAUUGUUGAUGUCAUCUGCGCGUCAGAUCAGAUUCUCUACAAGGUCCUGACAGAUGUCUUGAUACCAGCAACGAUGCAAGAGAUGCCAGAAAAUCUACUUGCAGAUAUCCGUAACUUUGCCAAACAUUGGGAGCACUGGACGGCGUCAGCCCUGGAGAACCUGCCCGACAGCAUGGCGGAGAGGAAACUGCCCGUGGCCAGGAGGUUCGCACAGUCACUCAAACGACAAGUCUCCUUCCUUCAUCUAGCUCAGACAUCGCGUCCAGUACUGUUUGACCAACAGCUAGUUGACCAGAUGAUUGACGACAUCAGUGAGGUGGAUCUGACCAGUAUCGGCUCCCAGGCGCUCUACACGUCCACUGCUGAUGGCGACCAAGAUGCAGACAAUGCUGAAUUCUUACGCGACUUUAAGGAGCUGCUUAAGAAGCAAGCGACAGUCGAGGCCUUCACGGAGUGGAUUGACCAGAUCGUCGAACAGAAGGUCAUCAAGCCAAGCAAGCAGAACGGCAGAUCGAUGAAGAAACGAGCGCAGGAGUUUCUCUUGAAGUGGUCUUUCUUCGGGGCACGAGUCAUGCACAACCUCACCCUCAACAAUGCACGGUGCUUCGGUUCUUUCCACCUCAUCAGAAUGUUGCUGGACGAGUACCUGCUCUUAGCAGUGGAAACUCAGUUCUACAACGAGAAAGAGACGGAGCUUCAGAACGCCCUGGAGAAACACAUGAAAACUGCAGGAGGAGGCAGUAAGGCCUUGGCGGGGACUCCCAGCUCCUGCUUCCUCGCAAACCGGUCGUCUGUCCCACCGCGACCAGCCAGUAACCAGUCCGUUAAACGGGAGCAAAGCAUGCUGGGAGAAAUGCUAGUGGAGUACGGACAGCCGCCCUACAUGUACAACCCUGAGAGAGACUGUUACCCUGUCAUUCCACAUACGGGACAUGGCGGCAUGUCUCAAAGCCCUGGAAACGUCGGUCCGAUGUUGACCCCUCCAAUAUCACCCAUAGUGGUCAACCCCGUACGUAGCAGCGUCAUCACACAAGGUCACGUGUCUAUGAUGCAACACCCGACCCACCAAUCAUCGCACGUUCCCAGGGGUUACAUCAACCAACAUGGCGAACCCUACUCGGGUUCCCCGCACGCGCAUGCCCAAUACAUGGGAGCGUAUCCCGGAAGCUACACCAGCAUGUUCAGACAUAUGCAGGGUGGGUACGGAUCGGGACCGUACUUGAAAAAUGACACAGAGCCAAGUUACGGUUACAGCAGUGAGCCACAGCUUCACAGCGAUCCUUACUUCAGUAGCUGCGCCAUGAGUGGACGUCCUCCCCACUUCCCAACCACCACGUGCGAAUCACAGAGCACGGCUCAUAGCGGGAGCGCUUUCAACGUGGUCGGUGGGACCGGACCUUGCUACACAAACACGAAUGGCUACCAAGGUUACUAUGGCAGUGGCGGCUACCCACCACCAGGCAAACCGGAAAUCAACCCUCACGUCCCCGUCAUCAGUUCCGUUACGUCAUCGGGCAUGCGCAGAGUGCCCGAGCACAGGCGGUACAACGAGACGACCGACCCCCUGAAUCUCCUGGACGACCCGACGAAGCGCAAGUCACCCUCCGGUUACAGCGGUGGGGCGCGGAUUCAUCAUGCCCACGUUACAUCCCAACACCAUCCAGAGACGGCAUCUUCGGAAGAGCUGAUCGGCAUGCCUCUCAACAGCAUCUUCAACCCAGAGGUAGAGAACAUGGAGCCGCCAGUCCCCCAUACAGACCCUUCCCAUCUCCCACCGAUCAACACCAUGUUUAACCCCAUGUCAGGGGUCAACUAAUGGGUGACCUUUAACCUUUGGCCUUUCAAUGUCACUCAAUCAUCCAUGAUCUUGAACAAGUCUUUACUACGAGUUCAGAUCAGUAUGCCAUGUCAAGGGUAUAUACAUUGAGCAACGUAGAUUAUGGACUUUUGAGAGCAUAUUAAUGUCAAAUUUGAACUGUUUUGAAGGAAAGAUACUGACGUGACUAUAAGGCCUUAUCUGAAUGAUACUUGAUAUGAAGAAGAGAGAUGUUGUCAUUGAUUGCGCUUUAGAACAUUCAGCAAGUCAUAGAACAUCGUGCGUUACGUUAAACGAUUGCAUAGGGAUGUAAAGGGAUUGGUACUAAUGUACAUAUUAAGACUCAGCAUGGUUCAAUCUUGAAAUAUACUUUAAACAAGUCUCUUUUUCAGGUUGAAAAUUAGAUCAAAAGCGUCCCGAGAGGCCUGAUUAGUAUUGAAGUAAAUUGAAUUUAGAUUUUCAUUCAAAUUCUUAUCAUCGUCAUUUACAUGUAAACUUGUCAAAUUUUUGUUACACGGAAAGGCGUGGGGGUGGGACUCUACAAUUGCAAUGCGUCUUCAUGACAUUAAUAAUGAAACCAAUAAUCAAAUUUUUGAUAAUCAAAACUAUGUAUUUUUUUUGUAAAAUGUAAGUCAAUGUCAGGGAAGAGUACAUUUUGUUCUGUCAAUCGUCAAUUUAAUAUGCUGUUCUGUUGGGUUUAAGAAAGAACAUACGUUGCUGAUGUAUAAAGAGUUUGUAGACGUGUCCUAUAUAAGCUAGACUUAAACUGGGACGAAAGUUAGGUAAUCUCAUCAAGAAUUGCAGUCAUUUGGAUUUCUUUUGCGUAAGGAUAUGUUUGACAUCUAACUAAGCUUAGACAUAAUGAUGUCCUAAACAGGGUUGAUAUUGGGUGGUCAUUUCAGGAACAUAAAAGUACUUGGUCGUUCUGUAAGUUGUCUUUGUUUUCAAAUGUGAGCACAUAUGGAUACAUGAUUUGUACAGUGUAACCGAUGCAUAGUCAAACCAUGACGCUUCUUUAGAUUUCAAGACACUUGAAUCUCUCUGUUGUACUUGAAAUGUCAUUAUCAUACGCCAUUGGUAGACCCUACUAAACCGGGCUGAGGUCUCUUUUCUAUGGUCUGGCCUCUUACCAGCUGUCGGCCAAUCAGAGAACUGCAUUCACCUAACGUAUCUGAUUGGCUGACAGCUGCUUAGGCCACGUCCACAACCGCAACACAACGUAGCAGAGUCUCUUGAAGGUAUACUGUGAAAAUGUUGAAAUGUGUGAUUUGCAUACAAAUAACCGUAGCAAAAUAGAAAGGACUUGCUAUUUGAUUAUACUGCUUUUGCAACAGCGGCUGAUGCCGUCACUGGUCACACCCUUACCUGGACAAGCUUUAUCCAAUGAAAUUACUACUUGCUUCGAAAAUCUCCUUGGUGUGAAGUAGACCACUCCAACACUGAUUCACCAUAUUUGUUUCAAGCGAUGUGGAAAUAGGUGUGUUUAUCAUUUUUAAGCCUUAACUAUUCGACUUAUCACAAUGCUUGUUUAUACGCAACUGUGAGUGCUAUUACUACGAAUGUUAAACGUUCUUUUUGUUGUUGUUGUUGUAACGCUGUACCGUCGGGCAUACAUGGCUAACUUUCGUCGUCCAAAUCGAUCAAAAUUAUUAACAAAAGUAGUGCUUUGUCAAAGUAUUUCGCAUUUCAUAAUCCUCUUUGUUGAUAUCGCGAAGUUGUGUUUAUGUAGAAGUCGCUGGAAGAAAUAGCUCUAUUUCAUGUUUACUUCAACGAUGGAAGGUAGUAAUGUAAGGUCUUUUUCUCGGUACAUAGUGAUAUUUUGAGUUUGCAUUAUAAUUGGACUAUAUGAUAUGAAAACUGUUGCAUCUUUGAAUACUACGAUUUUUCAACGAUUGUUUUUUCAAUAAUUCUAAAUAUGUGGCAAUGUCGGUGACAUUCCAAAGAUGAAAAGUAAACAAGACAUGUAAGGUUCUGUUUUGUCCAGAGCUUUGUCGAUAAGCGUAUUAAUUAUUUGAGUUUUGUUUGUUACCAAAUGAAUGUGCAAUUGUGAAUAAAAUGUUCUAAUACAAUUUA